GGGUUUGAGAUUUUUGGUGGUUGUUGUGGUUCGCAUUCACCAUCGCAUCAUUGGGGCCAAUACUAGUAUUUUAUAGAAGCGCCAAACGAGCCAUGUACCGUGAGGAGGACGAUGGGUCGGUCAUCGUGGACGGCGUCGCUGUUGCGCCGUUUGUGCCGAUCCAACACGGGCAGGUAAACAUCGCUACGAUGAACCUCUUGGGGUACUACUGCUUCCGCUUCGCCCGUGAGCGAGGGUGGCUGCAGACGAGCGAGGAGCUCGCACAGGCCACGCCGUACGCCGAGAGCAACGACGCCCGCCCCUUAAUCGAGGACGAAGGGCACGCGUACCGCGGGACCGAGAACACGUUCUUCGCCGCCGGCGUGGAGGAAGCCCUGGCGAACCCGCACCCCCACUUUCACUACCCACCCACGCCGUCUACGCUGCUCGUGUGUGCACACUUUUGGCUGGUGCACGUCGGCAACAGCUCUUAUGGGGUCUAUGGCAAGCUGUUCACCUAUCUUGAUGGCCAGAAGGACGUGAUGCGGCACCCGCUCGGUACCUUUAAGGUGACCUCGGUGCUGGUCUCGAAGGUAAAGCGGACGCCCGCGCUGUUGGAGCCGAGCAAGCUCACUCUUUUUCGAUCGAUUCUCGCCCGGGGUGUGGCGAAGGGGGCGCCGGUGCGAGGCGACGAGGACCGCGUGCAGCGUCUCUCGGUGCGGGAGCUGCUGCAGAGCAGUGGCUGGUUUGCCGACGCCGCUGCGGUGGCUGCCAUGCAGUUGAAUGCCUUCGACGAGACCCCGCCGCCUGCGUUUGAGGUAGUCCUUCCUGGCGUCGCGGCGCCGCUUCGCCUGCUCGCCCGCCGUUCCUUCACCUUGCGCGAGACGGACAUCGACUUUAACCUGCACGUGAACCAGCUCGUGUCGAAGCAUUUUGUGAUCAACGCUUUCCGUGGCGCGGUGGCCGACGCGUCCUGCGCGUAUUCGCGCCUGCUGCGGCCCGGCGAGCUGCCGCUGCUCUCCGAUUUGCUGCUGCGCAAAUUCCGCAUCGACUACGUGCGGGAGAUUCCAAUGCGGUACGUCGCGGUGGAGGUGUUUUUGUUUCCGUUGGACGCGGACCGCGUGCGGGCGCAGUUUCGCGCCGCCUGCGACGCGUCUGCGCGUGUGGCGGGUGUGGAGGACGACAAACGCGAUGCGUCGAGCUGCGCUGGGCGGUCCGCGCCAGAGAAAACGGGUGAGGUUACCGAUGUGAUGGAAAUCGGCUUCUUCACGGUCGGCGUGGCCGCUGAUGACGCGCCGGUGACGUCUCGCAAAUUCAUCGCAACCGUUGGUGUGAUGUCGGCAGCGACGUGCUUCCUGCCGCAGACGCUGCGCCCGACUGCUGCCGCCCCCUCCUCUUCAAUGUAG